UCAAUGGAGCAUAAAAUCAAUCAGUAGGUUACAGAUUCUGAAGCUGUGUGUUGAAAGGUGAUGUGAUAAAACUUGAUAUUUGGCUUUGCUAUUAAUUGACACGCAUUAUAUGUGCAACCAGAAGCAUGCAUAUAUAUUAAGGUUUUGAGAAAAGAAAAUCAAGAGAUCCUCUUAAAGAAACACAUCCUCAUGUAGACAUCAUUUCAAUAUAAAAGAUGGGAGGUGCUCAAUCGUCCAGACGGGAAUCUUUUGAUCUGGCUGGUGAAGUGAAUUUUGACCAUUUUCAAAUUCUUAGAGCCAUUGGAAAAGGAAGUUUUGGAAAGGUCUGCAUUGUUCAGAAAAAAGAUACAAAGAAAAUGUAUGCUAUGAAGUAUAUGAAUAAACUAAUGUGCAUCAAAAAAGAUUCUGUCUGGAAUGUUUAUCGAGAAAUAGAAAUAUUAACUAGUUUGGAACAUCCAUUUCUCGUCAAUUUAUGGUUCACGUUUCAAGAUGAAGAGGACAUGUUUAUGGUGGUUGACCUACUUCUUGGAGGUGACUUACGGUACCAUAUUCAGCAGGAAGUACAUUUUGAUGAAUAUCAAGUCAGACUAUAUGUUUGUGAAAUUGCAUUGGCGCUGGAUUACCUACAACAGAAUAAUAUAAUACACAGAGAUAUAAAGCCUGACAACAUAUUACUGGAUGAAGAAGGUCAUGUGCAUAUUACAGAUUUCAACAUAGCUACUAUGUUAAGUGAAGGACAGUUGGCGACCUCCAUGUCGGGAACAACACCUUAUAUGGCACCAGAAGUAUUUGCCUGUGCUUUAGACGAGUGUCCUGGCUACAGUUAUCCUGUUGAUUGGUGGUCGCUGGGAAUUUGUGCCUAUGAAAUGUUGAAAGGACGGCGUCCGUUUGAUAUUCACACAGGAACCUCCAUAUUAGAAAUAAAACAGAUAUUCAUGACUUGUAAAGCUCAUUACUCACAGUCAAUGCAUGAAGGAGUGAAAGAUCUUAUUAAAGGACUGCUGACCUUAGACCCAGACAGAAGAAUAUCAAGUUUAGUGAUGUUAAAAGGACAGUAUUUUAUGAAUGAACUUGACUUUGACAAAGUUUUGAUGCGACAAAUGAAACCAACAUUUGAACCUUCAAAAGACCAUUUAAACUGUGAUCCUACAUAUGAACUAGAAGAAAUGAUUAUAGAAUCCAAACCACUUCAUAAAAAGAAGAAAAGAUUAGCUAAACAAAAUUCUAAGAGAGGUGAACUGUCCAGACAGGCUUCUGUGGACUCAGAAAAUACCACAGAGGAAGAAAAUAUAUAUAAAUAUUUUAAAGUUUACAAUAGAGAAAAAGUAAAGUAUGAUGAAGAACAAUCAGAUAAACAGGAAGAAGUAGUGGAAGAAGUCCGGAAACAGUCUCUUCGGGAAGAGGCUGAGAAACCAUCAAUUCGUGGAAUACGUGUGAACGAAAGUUUUGAUUGUGAAGAUGAAGAUGAGGAUCUUGACAAAGUUGAGAAUUCGUCAUUUGAUUUACCAGACGUACCAGAUUUUAAACAAAGACUUAGUGUACAUUCAGCAAUAGAAGUUGGUAGUGGACGUAGACAUUCUGGAAAAACUGUAACUUUUAGUGACCGAAGACUUUCAGAUUAUACUUGUUAUUCUCGUCAAGAUCCGAAUAAAUUAUCAGAAAGGACAGGGAUUAUAAAACCCAUGUUAAAAGACCGUAGAUUGUCUGAUAUGACAGGACAAAAAACUUCAGUUAUUGAUAAUGGUAACUCCACGGGUAACAGUUGAUAUUUCUUGCUCAAAUUAUUUAUUUUUGUAAUCAGUCUUAACAAAACUAAUAACUUAAGAAACUAAGUGCUUCUGUAAAGAGGAUUAGUUCUUAAAAAACAAUUUCUUGUAAACAAAAAAUUAUGAUCUACGUUAAAAAUAAUAGUCAACAAUUCUUCACAUGUUCUACUUAGAUGAUAUUUUUAUAUUUUAUAUAACAAAUAAAUCUCAUAAAUUUCUGACCAUUUGAAAUUACAUUAGCAUCUAUACCUAAGUUUGAUAUCUCGCGUCUAUCAUCUUGAAUUAUUCAUAAUUAUACACAUUUAAUGUGAGACAAAUGUCUUUAUCACUUUCUUGUCUGUCUGUCUAUUAAGAAUUAUACAAAACAAGAGUCUGGUCAUUUUAUAUUAACGACAUCCAAAUUGUAGACAUUAGUCAUACUUUUCUUGCGUAUCAUACCUAUUAGGCAUACUUAUAAUGCGUUUGUAGAGAUUGAAUGUGAUUAUCUCCCCAUUACCAGAAAUGUCUCGAACUGAAAAAUAAAUCAAAUGACAAAUGCAUUAUUGUAGUAUGUCUGUUAGGUCCAAAUCAUAAGUAAUGUGUGAUUAAUGUCAAAAGUUCAGACAUCUCUAUGAUGUGUUUAAUCAAGUCUUACAGCUUUAUAUUGUCUUGUUGACACAUGUAUGGCCUUUUCUGAUUUGAAAGGAAGCAGUAAUAGUUAUCAUACAUACUCUCACAUUCCUUAAAGAGAGAUUUCUGAGGAAGAAAACAAAAUUUUGAAAAACAUUCCAGUUAUCAUUAAAUGAUGGGCAACACUAUCGUAAAAUGAUUGCUUUUGAUGAUUUUGCAGUUUGGAUUUUUGACUAGCAUGAUAUGAUGUCAUUUUCCUGCAAAUAAACAAAUUAAAAGUGCUUUUUUUUAAACAGCCUAGUUGUAUAAAGCCUACUUUAAAUUAAUUAUAGUUUAAAUAUACUUUUGUAUUAUUUGAGGCCAUAUAUAGGUAUGGAUUUGUCACAUCAAAAUGUCUACUAAAUAUCUACCGGUAGUAGUUAAUUCUUUUUUAUAACUUUGACAUAGUGUGACAUAUUUCAAUAACCUGUAAGACAACACUUCAAAGAUAUCAUAAUAAAAUUUUGACCAACUGGAGACUGUGGAAAUUUAUUAAUGUGAACAUGGAAAAAACCAUAUGUAAUUUUCACACUUACAGAGAAAUAGUAAAUAAAGUUAAUAAAAAAAUAAUUGAUCUUCUGAUGUGAAACAAAUGUUCUAGCUGUAGCAAAAUUGCAGAUAGGUCCAGGAGAUCACUCAUUAUGUAUAUAUUAUCUUUAUUAUUAAAAAUUCCCUCAAAUAACUGGUAAAAAAAUGUUUUAUAUAUAUUUUGUAAAAAAAUUACCACUAUGUGGUUACAAUACAUUCAACAUUUAAAAAAAGCUAUCUUAACACUGUCCAUUUUGAUUCCAUGUGUAAAAAAAUUGUACAAAAGAAUAAGAAAGAUUAAAGCAUAUGAAUUACAGUAUAAAAAUCCACUAUAUUUGUACUUGUUAGAAAAUACUCAAUAUUUACUCAUACUGUUAUUUGUGAAUAAACUGUUGUUUGAUACUUAAA